AAUUGCUUGUCUCUUCUUCCAAAGUGACCACUUUUCAGCCCCCAUUUCCUUUUUAAUCCUCCUCCACUCAUUGUCAUUGCAACUAUACCAUUCAGGCAUUCACACAUAGCUAGAUAGUGAAAUAAUUAGGGAGACCAAGUACACAACACAACGAGAAAUUAAGGAGAAGGAGAAAAUGGGAGAUUGGGGGCCAGUUUUUGUUUCUGUGGUGCUUUUCAUUCUCCUCAGUCCAGGGCUCUUGGUCCAGAUACCUGGAAGAGGCAGGUUCAUAGAGUUUGGUAACUUUCAGACCAGUGGAUUAUCAAUACUGAUCCAUGCUAUCCUCUACUUUGCUCUCGUGUGCAUCUUCAUGUUAGCAAUUGGGAUCCACAUGUACAUGGGGUAAAUCAUCCCAAAAUAUGUGUACCCUUAACCCUCAUGUAUACACUUUUUUAUAUAUAGUUUUGCUCUCCUUUGGUUUGGUUUGUGUUCGGGGAUGUGAUUUGUUUUCCUUGUAAUGUAUCCUUUUUUCCUCUUUCAAUGAAUUUCUUGGAAUCAAGCUUGUGAAUUAAUGACAAAUAUUUCAGUUUUAGUGCAUCAA